GCGGUGGAGAAACAAACAGAGGCUUUGUCGUCUUCUUCUGCAGAAAAAUCUUUCUGCUGCUGUUCAGAUAUUCUUUUGUUCCCUCUGCUUCUCUCAGCUUACGAACAUCUCCCAUCUAUCAUAAAAAGGACAAGAAUACCCUUCGUCUGCGUCUCUAUUUUCUUCUCUUUCCUCUCCAAUGGCAGCUGCGACGGAGGUCAAUCUAUCCAUGCGAAUCUCACCGUUGAAAUGCGGAAACGGGAGGCGGAUCAGCUUCGACCGUCUCGCUUCCUCAAGAAACCUGAUCGGAUUCCCAUGUGGAAGCAGAUCGAGAUCCCUCGGCAAGCAUUUUGCUGUGUCGAUGAAACUGACGGAGCGGAAUGAAAAUGCCGACCCCGCAGCGAUGAACGGUCCUGUAGAGAUUGAGAAGUUUAACUCGACUUUUGAGCUACUAGAGUCAGCUAAUAACAAAUUGGGGGAGCCAACGACAAGUUCAAUUGCGAGGAGGAAAACAAAGAUUGUGUGUACCAUUGGGCCUUCCACAAGUACACGUGAAAUGAUAUGGAAACUAGCAGAAGAGGGAAUGAAUGUAGCACGACUAAACAUGUCCCAUGGAGACCAUGCUUCCCAUCAGACGACUAUUGAUCUGGUUAAAGAAUACAAUGCUCAGUCCAAGGACAAUGUUAUUGCCAUAAUGCUUGAUACUAAGGGCCCUGAGGUUAGAAGUGGAGAUGUCCCUCAACCUAUCUUGCUUAAGGAGGGCCAAGAGUUCAAUUUCACCAUUAAAAGAGGAGUCAGCUCAGAAGACACUGUUAGUGUAAAUUAUGAUGACUUUGUGAAUGAUGUGGAAGUUGGGGAUACACUAUUGGUUGAUGGAGGAAUGAUGUCAUUAGUGGUGAAGUCCAAAACAUUGGAUUUGGUCAAGUGUGAAGUAAUUGAUGGAGGAGAGCUUAAAUCAAGACGUCAUUUAAAUGUUCGUGGAAAAAGCGCGACCUUGCCUUCCAUUACAGAAAAGGACUGGGAAGAUAUCAAGUUUGGGGUGGACAACAAAGUUGAUUUCUAUGCUGUUUCUUUUGUUAAAGAUGCUAAAGUUGUCCAUGAAUUGAAAGACUAUCUCAAAAGCUGUGGUGCUGAUAUUCAUGUGACUGUCAAAAUUGAAAGUGCUGAUUCAAUACCAAAUCUUCAUUCGAUCAUUUCUGCAUCUGAUGGGGCAAUGGUGGCUCGUGGAGACCUUGGAGCUGAGCUUCCAAUUGAAGAAGUUCCUUUGUUGCAGGAGGAGAUCAUUAGAAGGUGCCAUAGCAUGGGAAAACCGGUGAUUGUGGCAACAAACAUGUUGGAGAGCAUGAUUAACCAUCCAACUCCAACAAGAGCAGAGGUCUCUGACAUUGCAAUUGCAGUUCGAGAAGGUGCUGAUGCCAUUAUGCUCUCUGGUGAAACUGCCCAUGGGAAGUAUCCAUUGAAGGCUGUCAAAGUAAUGCAUACUGUGGCAUUGAGGACUGAAUCAACUUUGUCAAACAGCAUCUCCCCUCCUAGUCCGGCUACUGCUCUCAAGUUUUAUCAGAGCCACAUGGGUGCUAUGUUUGCCUUCCAUGCAACUACAAUGGCUAACACUCUUCGCACAUCCAUUCUUGUCUUCACGAGAACGGGAUCAAUGGCUACACUGUUAAGCCACUAUCGGCCUUCCUCUACCAUCUUUGCCUUCACGAAUGAAGAAAGGGUUAAGCAGAGGCUGGCACUUUAUCACGGGGUGCUGCCCAUAUAUAUGCAGUUCUCCAAUGAUGCAGAAGAGACAUUCUCUCGAGCUCUGAAUCUCUUGCUGAGCCGAGGUUUGUUGAAGGAGGGAGAGUAUGUUACUCUUGUCCAGAGUGGAACACAACCGAUCUGGCGCCAAGAGUCUACGCAUCACAUCCAAGUCCGUAAGGUCCAAGGGUGACGUAUGUACUUUGGAAUAGGCAAUUUUUCAUUUUCUUUUUACUAUUAGUUAUUGAUUAUUUAUUUUUCUAACUAAAGUUAUAUAUCUAUCUGCAACACAUCUGAUAGUGGAGAUUGAAUGUACUAGGAAAUUGUCUUGUGAAUUGCAGUUCACCUGAAGAAUGGUAACAAUAAAAAAGAAGCUUUACAAAUAGCAACCAUUUAGAGUAAUCAAAA